AGGAUGAUCAACGACCCAAAAUCAACACACUUCAUUGCAUGGACCGACCUCGGCACCUCCUUCGUCGUCUCCAAUGUCGGUGAGUUCAGCAGAAGCAUCCUGGGCUCGCACUUCAAACACAAUAACUUCUCAAGUUUCGUACGCCAACUCAACAUGUACGGCUUUCACAAGAUAAACCGGACCCCCCGCGCACAACGCACCUCAACAGACGCGCAGACCUGGGAAUUCUCACACCACAAGUUCCUGCGUGGUCGCCCUGAUCUGUUGGAUGAGAUAAAGCGGAAA